AAAAGAGAGAAAAAAAGAAAAAAAUUAUAUAUAAUUUAUAAUUGUAUAUAAAUACUAUGUGAUGUAUCAGAUCUGCUCUUAACCCUAGAAUGCAUGAAGGGGGUCAAAUUGACCCGGCAAGCUGUGAUUUUUAAAAUAUCAAGGAAAACAUUUAUUUAUUUGAUAUUCCAUGAAUUCUCCAAAAAACUUGUUUCUAACCCUCAUCAAUGCCUUUUUCAUGUUUCAUGGUCAUAGGGUGGGGGAGAAAUUUUUUUUUUUGUAUCAUUACCCCAAGAAUGCAUUAAGUGGGUCAAAUAACCUGAAUACAUUUCCUAUGGAAUUUUGACCCAACACAGUAUUUUUGGAUACAUUUUUGUCAAUAAUAUUUAUUUUCUUGAAACUUUAUUGAAUACUUACUGUAAAAAUUUGUUCUGACUUUUUUGCUCUGAGCCAAGAAUUUGCCUCAGACACCAAAACUGUGUCUGAAUACGCAUAUCUCCCUACUAUGUAGUAGGUGAAAAGCAGUAUGUGAAAUGAGCAAUACAUCUGAAUUUAAAGUAUUCAUAAAACAGUAGGCAAAAAAUUUACCCGGACGACCUGCUAUUUCUGCCAAGAUUCUGAAGUUUACAUCCAAUGGACACCUUACUAUCCCAUGAGGCCACUGGAGAGGAAUCGUCAGUGGCAGGGAAACAACAAAACUCACUCUAUAGCUCACAUGACAAUGGUAACAUGGCAAUGGAUGUAGUACAUCCAGAUUGCAUUCAUACUACACACAUUCACACUUUAUAAUACUUUAUUCAUACUAUACACAUGCAUAUUUUUUAGCAGUCAUGAAGUUCUUCAUCAAAUGUAGAACCCACUCAGACAGUAUGCAAUUUCAGAUGCAGUAGAUCAGUAGAGAAAGGCCAAAGGACAGCUGAAGGCCCAAACAAAGGAAGCACAAAAGUUAUGCUUAAAAAGGUGCAAAUCAGCGUUGCCAACUGCUUUCAAUUGAAAGUAGCUAAAACUGGUAGCUAAAUGUCUAAAUGUAUAUGACAUCAUAAUGGCAAAUUCAUUGAUCUAUAUAAAUAUAAAUAGAGAUCAGUGGGCAAAAUAAGAAUCUAGAUAAGGUUUGUCCAAGAAGUUGCUAGAUUUGUCCCUAAACUUUUGAAAAAGUCUCAAAAAGGGUGGGGAAGUCACUAAAUCUAGUGACAAAAUCCCUAAAUUGGCAACACUGGUGCAAAUCUUAUGUGAAAUGCUCGGUCUCUGUGUAAGUCCACUGAAGGCGACUGUUGAGAACCCAUGUGUAGUUUAUUUAAUCCAUAAUGUGAACAAAAUACAAAAUAAACAAAGACCUGACUUGACUUAAAACGACCAUGACCAUGACCACUCACCAACAGUAACAUACAGAGAACAAAGCUAGACAAGAUAACCAUGAAACAUGAGGGCUAUUUAUACAAAGAGACUAAUGACAAACAAGACACACCUGUGAAUGAUCAACAAUGAACCAAAGAGAACAUGACUAGGGAACCAAUCAGAACAAGACGCAUGAACAAGGGAAGCACAUGACAUAUUCACAUGAGGACAGGGAAUCACAUGACAUGGGAGCACAUGGUAAACCAAGAAACAUACCAAUGAAACAUGAAGCAUUAACAUCAAAAUAAAAAAAAUGAAACAUGAACCAUAACACCAAAACAAGACUUGACACUGUCUGAAAAGAUCAUUUUCACAUGGUCAUUUUGAGCCUCUUUAUGCAUUUAUGUAGUUUUUUGGUUCAUGCAUUCUAGGGUUAACUACUAUUAGAAUAAAGGCCCGUUCACACAAAGGAUGACAACUAUCACGAUAAAGAUAUCUUAAAAAAAAUCAUUCUAAAUAUAAAAGAACAGCAAAGUCCACACACUACAACUACAAUGAUAACAGCACAGCGGAACGAUAUCUUUGGAAUCACUUUCAGAACGAUAUUUUCAGCUGAUGAAUGAUAAAAGCAUUUACAGCCAAUCAAGACUCUUUUAAAGGGUUAGUUCACCCAAAAAUGAAAAUAAUGUCAUUUAUUACCGUUCCACACCUGUAAGAGCUUCGUUAAACUUCAGAACACAAAUUAAGAUAUUUUUGUUGAAAUCCGAUGGCUCAGUGAGGCCUCCAUAGCCAGCAAUGACAUUUCCUCUCUCAAGAUCCAUUAAUGUACUUAAAAACAUAUUUAAAUCAGUUCAUGUGAGUACAGUGGUUCAAUAUUAAUAUUAUAAAGCGACGAGAAUAUUUUUGAUGCUCUAUCUGUAUUGUAAUAGGAUGUAAAGAUGCGCGCACUGUCCAAGCUAGUCCGCGCAAACUAGUUGAAGUAUUCUCUCUAAACAGUAAACACCCCUUGUAAUGUCAAACAAUAAUAUAGCCAUUUUUCUUUGUUAAUAGUUAUGGCGAGAAAAGGUCUGUGUACACAUCUGGCCUAAAUGUUCAUCUUAUGUUUAGAGGUUUUCAGCUUUGCUUGGCAUUCUGAUAAAGUUCCCACAGGUGCACCUAUAAGUAUAACAAUGAUGCUGCUAUCACGUCUUAUAAAUAAUGCAAACUAAGGUGACACUUACCACCGAGAAACAGCCUGCUCCAGUCGUGAUUGCGAAUCGAUUUCUGGUUGAUCGUCUACUUCAGAUAAUUACAUUAUCGGACUUGGACUCGAUGCCAUCUUUUCUGUCCAUACAUUGUAUAAAAUGUCUUGCGAAUUGAUAGCUGUCAUUCAGUUAUGGCAAUGGCCAUUUCGUUUCAGGCAGGCGGUGUCCACGGUAGACCAAUCAGAAAGGAUUAGGCCAUCUGACCAAUCAGAGCAGUGUAGGCACGGAAAGGAGGGGUUUAGAGAGACUGAUUCUUCGAACUGCUUCUAAGGAACUGUUUACGAAUCAUUGAGAACUGAGGUAAAAAUUAAAUGUAUAUUAUGAGAAAACUAAAGUUUUUUUGACCUUGCAUGCAUGUAAACCUAUUGUAGGAGACUUCCAAAACAAUAUUAGGAACCUUAAAAAAGGCAUAAUAGGGGCACUUUAAAAGGGACCUAUUAUGCCCCUUUUCACAAGAUGUUAUAUAAGUCUCUGGUGUCCCCGGAAUGUGUCUGUGAAGUUUCAGCUCAAAAUACCCCACAGAUCAUUUAUUAUAGCUUGUCAAAUUUACCCCUAUUUGGGUGUGAGCAAAAACAUGCUGUUUUUCUGUGUCCCUUUAAAUGCAAAUGAGCUACUGCUCCCGGCCCCCUUUCCAGAAUAGGGCGAAGAUUUAACAGCUUGCACUUUGGAUACAACAACAACAAAGCUGUAGAAUCUCAUGCAGCCAAAAUGACGAUCGUCAGUAGCAGUGUUCAGCAACAAUAACCAACUGCAGAACCACAGAACCAUAUGUCAUGACAGUCUGAGGACGACAGCACCAGACUAACAGCCCGAGGCUGGAAGUGGGCGGAGUAACAGUCUCUCGCCGGAUGUGGGCGGAGUUAGCGACAAACAAACACAAGUUUAUUUGUGUUGUUUUUAAUCGAUCACGUUUAUUUGUUGUGUAUUUAAUCAAUCGUUAACACUUAACAUUACUCAAAUAUUUUGUAAAUGUGCUUCAAAGUCACUUUAUCGCGUCUUUUGAUAUUUUACAAAUCGUAUCACGUUGCUUGCGCCCAGGUGAAAAAAUAAGAUAGUAAUUUAUAGUAAAUACUAUAGUGUUUUUGAACCAUACUAUAGUACUAUAAGUACUUGAAUUAAUUUAUUGUGGUAAUUCUAUAGUUGCUGUGAUAAUAUAACAACUAUAGUAAUAUAAACAAAUUACCCAAUAUUGUACUGUAUUCUACAACUUUAGGGUAUAUUAUACUACAAUAUACACUACAGUUUACUGUAGUAAAAACUAAAGUAUACUACAGUAUUUAUAACUGUUUAUCAGUUUACUAUAGUUAAUACUACAGUAUUAUGUAGCAUUCAUUAACAAAGUGUUGUAAAUACUAUAUAUACAGUAUAGGCUACUACAGUUUACUACAGUAUGGUUCAAAAACACUAUAGUAUUUACUAUAGUAUUUUUUCACCUGGGUGGUUACAUAUUCAUGGUUUGUGAUUUUACUUUGUUGUUGGUGCUGUAUUUUAUUUCAUUGGUUACAUUUUACAAUACUGACCAAUGUUUUUGUGGAUUUUUAGAGGCAUAUUAGUAUUGGGAGAUGCUCUGCUUUACUUCAUUUACAGUGAUGCAAAAUGUGCUGCAACAAUUUCCACUGCCCAGUGUUCUUAAACCGACCAGAUGGCACAAGUUCAAAUUCACUUCAAAAAGGCUGUUGUCCAUGGAGGUAUGGACGUUUCUUUUGUAUUCUGAAUUUAAAAUGUUUGGUCAAUGCAGUAACUAGUAAUUUUGACUUUAGAACAACGAAACUUGUCUCUUUUAUGCAAUUUUUAUGGUUAUAUAUUUAAGUUUUUCUGUUUUGAUUUUGCAAUGCAGUAAAUUGACAAGCAGAAUCACCCCAGGACAAUGGAAGCUGAUCAAAAACAAGGUUAGUUUUAUAAGACUUUCACAAACACAUAAACUACUUAUACAGAUGGUGUGUUGUUAUAUCUGUCAAAUCUUUUCAGGAAUAAUUUAAUAGUAUUCUAUUGUUUUAUAAUGUUCUACAACAGUUGACCAGCUCUGUGGGAUCUUCAUGUUAAUGGAGCCUCAGAUCACAGAAGACCUCUGCUCUGCACUUGAACGGCUGCACAACAACCAAAAGUCUUCAAGGGUUUAGUGGAAGAGCCGUGCUUUCUGAUAUUGAAAGAGGAAGACCAGGGAAAAGCCCUUCUUCAACUUUCACAGGCUGAAACGGAUGAUGACAGAAAACUGGCCAAAGAGCCUUUAGUGUUUUGCUUCCAAAUUAAGGAUGAUAUGGACAUUUUUCUUAAUGAGUGUCUGGACAAAAAGAGUCUUGUAAUUAUGGAGAUUAUGGUGCUUAUGGAGAUUUGAUUUUUUUUUUUUUUUUAAAGAUUUAAUUUGUCAUCAUGUACCUGCGUUGCAAUAAUUUGUUCAAUUUACACUCUUUGGUUCAUUUUUUAGAGCAAAGCACAGCUAGUAGCUAUAUAAUGCUUUUGCUACUUAGGGGGAAAAGUACAUUUUAUUUAAAUGAAAUAAUAACUUUUGUGUUUUGUUUUUGAGUUUGAUGUAUCUGAAUUUGCUUAAUUCAUGUAAUCUAGUGUACAACCGUGUAAUGUGUAUUAAAUAUUAUGAAAAAAUGCUUGAGAAAAAUAUACAUUUUAUGACAAAUUAAUAAAUGUUUAUCAUUUUUAUUGUUUAAGCUUUGUGUUCAAUUUAUAUUCAGUUAAUCAUUUAAGACAUAAAACAAGUUGAAGAACUUUUAAAAUAUUUAAAAGGUUACAAGGGGGGUUUAACACACACACAGGCUAUAUAUAUAUAUAUAUAUAUAUAUAUAUACACAUAUAUAUACAAACCUAAUUCCAAAAAAGUUGGGACACUGUACAAAUUGUGAAUAAAAAAGGAAUGCAAUAAUUUACAAAUCUCAUAAACUUAUAUUUUAUUCACAAUAGAAUAUAGAUAACAUAUCAAAUGUUGAAAGUGAGACAUUUUGAAAUGUCAUGCCAAAUAUUGGCUCAUUUUGGAUUUCAUGAGAGCUACACAUUCCAAAAAAGUUGGGACAUGUAGCAGUAAGAGGCUGGAAAAGUUAAAUGUACAUAUAAGGAACAGCUGGAGGACCAAUUUGCAACUUAUUAGGUCAGUUGGCAACAUGAUUGAGUAUAAAAAGAGCCUCUCAGAGUGGCAGUGUCUCUCAAAAGACAAGAUGGGCAGAGGAUCACCAAUUCCCCCAAUGCUGCGGCGAAAAAUAGUGGAGCAAUAUCAGAAAGGAGUUACUCAGAGAAAAAUUGCAAAGAGUUUGAAGUUAUCAUCAUCUACAGUGCAUAAUAUCAUCCAAAGAUUCAGAGAAUCUGGAACAAUCUCUGUGCGUAAGGGUCAAGGCCGGAAAACCAUACAGGAUGCCAGUGAUCUUCGGGCCCUUAGACGGCACUGCAUCACAUACAGGAAUGCUACUGUAAUGGAAAUCACAACAUGGGCUCAGGAAUACUUCCAGAAAACAUUGUCGGUGAACACAAUCCACCGUGCCAUUCGCCGUUGUCGGCUAAAACUCUCUAGGUCAAAAAAGAAGCCAUAUCUAAACAUGAUCCAGAAGCGCAGGCGUUUUCUCUGGGCCAGGGCUCAUUUAAAAUGGACUGUGGCAAAGUGGAAAACUGUUCUGUGGUCAGACGAAUCAAAAUUUGAACUUCUUUUUGGAAAACUGGGACGCCAUGUCAUUCGGACUAAAGAGGACAAGGACAACCCAAGUUGUUAUCAGCGCUCAGUUCAGAAGCCUGCAUCUCUAAUGGUAUGGGGUUGCAUGAGUGCGUGUGGCAUGGGCAGCUUACACAUCUGGAAAGGCACCAUCAAUGCUGAAAGGUAUAUCCAAGUUCUAGAACAACAUAUGCUCCCAUCCAGACGUCAUCUCUUUCAGGGAAGAUUUUCCAACAUGACGAUGCCAGACCACAUACUGCAUCAAUUACAACAUCACGGCUGCGUAGAAGAAGGAUCCGGGUACUGAAAUGGCCAGCCUGCAGUCCAGAUCUUUCACCCAUAGAAAACAUUUGGCGCAUCAUAAAGAGGAAGAUGCGACAAAGAAGACCUAAGACAGUUGAGCAACUAGAAGCCUGUAUUAGACAAGAAUGGGACAACAUUCCUAUUCCUAAACUUGAGCAACUUGUCUCCUCAGUCCCCAGACGUUUGCAGACUGUUAUAAAAAGAAGAGGGGAUGCCACACAGUGGUAAACAUGGCCUUGUCCCAACUUUUUUGAGAUGUGUUGAUGCCAUGAAAUUUAAAAUCAACUUAUUUUUCCCUUAAAAUAAAACAUUUUCUCAGUUUAAACAUUUGAUAUGUCAUUUAUGUUGUAUUCUGAAUAAAAUAUGGAAAUUUGAAACUUCCACAUCAUUGCAUUCCUUUUUUAUUCACAAUUUGUACAGUGUCCCAACUUUUUUGGAAUCGGGUUUGUAUAUAUAUAGUAACUUUUAUGUGUUUGUGUGUAUAUGAUUGAGCUAUUAACACAACGCGAGUAUCUAUCUAAUCUAUCUAUCAUUUCAGUUAGAUCGUUUUAAUAAAAUAUUUGACAUUAACAUGGUUUUAAACUUUAAAAAGCUCCAAAUGGAGCAAUGCCUACGAAGAUAAAUUUGCCCACUUCCGGCCUCAGGCUGUUAGUCUGGCGCUGUCGUCCUCAGACUGUCAUGACGUAUGGUUCUGCGGUUCUGCAGUUAGUCCUAUCUCGUGUUCAGACUUACAUUGUUCAAACCGGAGUCAGACACUGAUGGAGAGACUCAGGAAGAAGUUACUUUUAGAACUUUUAGAAUGCAACUGGAUGUUUCUAAAUGGUUAGUGGAUAAAUUUGUGUAGUUGUGGAGUUGAUUCAACUCAUAGACUAGCAUGUACCGUCAUGUUAAUCUUUUGUGCAAAUCCAGCGCUAAACUUACCCUCGUUUGUGAUGCAGUCCGGCAUAAAAAGAUUUGCGCAAAUAUAUAACACUUUACUGACUUUCUUCGGCACAUUUCCUUCAUAAUUGAAAAUCAACCACGGUGUCCUCAGUGACUCAGAUGCAAUGUCUAGGAGACUAAUAGGAGUCUAGGAGACUCUUAUGCUCAUUGGUACAUCCAAUAAGAGAACAUUUGUAAUUUUCUUUUUUUUUGGCACAGACAUUGUAUAUCUCCAGCUCCUACAGUGAGUAAACAAAAUGGUGGACUGCUGCGGCUCUCUCAGGGCGGUAUCUAUGCUAAUAGGGCAGAUCGUGGAGAUUAUAAAAAAAAAGGAGUGGGUGGAUUUUUACCAUUAUAGGCUGGUUGUUUACACACACUGGUGGACACACAUCUGUGUUCAAACACCUUAUAAAAGUGAAUUUUGCAUAAUAUAUACUGUUCCUUCAGUUCAUUGUCUCAUGUUAACGUUUCAUUGGUAUGUGUAUGCUAUCACACUUUGUUUUUAUUAAAAAUCCCUUGAAUUCAACUACACUCUACCCCUGACAGAAUGGGCCUGAGUUGAAUAAAAUGCUAGAGUGAAUUCCAGGGGCUUUUCCUCUCUUGCAACAUCUGAGCAGGAUGCCUGUCAUGUGUUCCACAGCUGGUGGUUAUCUGCUCUUCCAUCCUUCCAUUCAACAUCAUACAGCCCUCUCACAGAAACACAUGCAAAUUAUAAACACAAACACACUCGUGCACACACACACACGCACACACACACACCAUGAAGCCUUGCACAUAGCAAACAGAGAGCAGAAAAGCAGAGGUGUAAAGUACAGUAAUUUACUGUACACAAUGGUUUUAAAAUUGUACCUUUAGGGGUGCAACAAAUUGUCACUGGGGCAUUACCUUUAAAGGGUUCAUUUUUGUACCUUUUUUACUCCAAAAAGGUACAAAUAUCAGAGGUGUAAAGUCCAGGUUCAGAAAGUAAAAGUCCUCCCCGUUUUUUUAUUUUUAUUUUUUAAUCAGAACAAUGAUAAUCCUUUGGAUUAUAUUGAAAAAGCUGGAUCUUCUGCUGUAGAAUCACAGUGCUGCUGUAAUCAAUAAUGUAAAUCUAACUCAGAGAUUGGGCUCUAAAUGAGUUUGGUGAUUCAGGUCAAAUAAUGAUUAUGUAAAAACAUAACCAACACCACCUGAUCAUAUUUUCUCUUCGCUUGUCUUGCUGUUACAACAGUACAACAGCCCAAACAAAAUCUAAUAUUAAAAAGUCAAGGGUCAAGAGCCCAACAAAAGCAAUCUCCAUGAUGGUGACUUAAAAAUUGUGAUUUUCUCCUUUGGUGAUUCUGCUUGUUAACAUCAGGAAUCUUCAAUAAUGGUCAAUCAUCACUCAAUUAAUCACUUAAUUAUCUCAUUAACUUUAACACUGCUUCAGUGUUCAUUUAACACUCUUAUUUUAACACUUUAACACUCUUGAGUGUGGUCUCACAUAUACUCCCAGGAGAGUUAAUUUAACACUAGAGUUUUUGCUGUGUACUUCCUAGUUGAAAAACUGUGCUAAUUAGAAAAUCCAGGUGACUGGAACAAAACACUGAGGAGGACUUUUACUUUCUAAACCUGAACCUUACACCUCUGAUAUUAGUACUUUUUUUGG